GCCCGCGCCUCUGCGAAAGCCACACAAACCAAGCAGGGAAAACGGCACUGGCGCCGUUGCACCAAGCACCAAGCACCACCACUUCGACGGAUGGUCGGGGUGAUUGUGGAGUGUGCCUGCCUGUUCGGUUCAUUUUCAUCUGCUGCUAUCCAAUCAAGUCUCAGGACCCUCAACCGCCGCUUCACCCUCCUUCUUCCAACCCCCCAACAACUACAAGCAACCAUGUCUGGUCGUGGCAAGUCUGGCAAGGCCUCCACUGGCAAGAGCAAGACCCGUUCCUCCCGCGCCGGUCUGCAGUUCCCCGUUGGCCGUAUCCACCGCCAUCUCCGCCAGGGCAACUACGCCCAGCGCAUCGGUGCCGGCGCCCCCGUGUACCUCGCCGCCAUCAUGGAGUACCUCGCCGCUGAGAUUCUCGAGCUCGCCGGCAACGCUGCCCGUGACAACAACAAGCACCGCAUCAACCCCCGCCACAUCCAGCUCGCCGUCCGCAACGAUGACGAGCUCAGCAAGCUCCUCUCUGGCGUCACCAUCGCCCAGGGUGGUGUCCUCCCCCACAUCCACAGCAACCUCAUCCCCAAGGGCAAGGGUGGCAAGAAGGCCGCUUCCCAGAGCCAGGAGUACUAAGCGUCCUGACCGACGCCGUCUUGCUUGUGCUGCUGCGCUGAUUGCGUGCUGAUCACACUUUUUUGUCACCGCUGCCUCGUUGCAUCGUGAACUCUGUUGUGUCGCUGCACGUAAUUGGGACUGCCGCAUGUGCUUGCUUGACUUUGAAUCCAUCCACUCUUUCUCUUUGCCUUUUGUCUUUGAUCAAUGUUGCUCGCUCUGAAGCUGCCCCUGCAGCACACGUUCUCGUGCUUGUGACCACACCAUGAGCGUUUGGUUGCCACCGGCUUGGUUCGUGUUGCGCGUGGCUCUCUCAGGCGUGUCCUGUUGUGAUGAUCCCUUCUCUGUCCAUUGACCUACCCCAUGGGGAACCUUUUUAUUCUCCAUUUGGCUUUUGCUUCACGUCUUUGUGUCGUGCUGUGAUGGCCACUCGUCACUCUCUCAAUACAAACCACCAACAUCAA